AUGGAUAACACUGAAACAACAGUAAGAAAUGGAAAUUCUGAAAUAAAGUUUAAAAUAAUAGAAUGGAUGGGUAAUAAUUAAGAUGCUUCAAAUUUACUAAAAAUUAAGAAAGAAUUGGCUAAAAGAAUACUGAGAGAAUAAAAGAAGCCUUAACAGUUUUGA